AUGGUCGAUGAACAACAAAAGGGGAACAUGGAACAUGGUGUCUUUAAGGCCAAAGUUUGGUUACCAAUUACGAAAACCCUAAAUGAGCAAACCGGGAAGGGUUUCACCCCUAAGCAAGUGAAAGACAAGCAUAAUAGGCUUAGGCAAAAACAAAGAAAGUGGGGCCAGCUUUUGAGGCAUACCGGGUUGGGGUGGGAUGAGACAACCCAAACGGUGACUGCUUUUGAUGAGGUGUGGGCUAACGUGAUUGCGGGGGAUAAUAAGGCAGCUGCAUUAGGGAAGAAAGGGUGUCCUGAUUAUGAGAAGCUCAAGCAACUUUUUGCCCCUAAUACUGCAAUUGGUUCCCUUCAAAUUUUCUCAAACACACCAGCCCCAGAUAGUGAUGAAGAGCGUGUCCUGGAAGAGGAACUUGCCAAUGAGGAACGUGAGGCACAUCGUAUCUUGUUGGAUGAUGAUGAUUGCUACAAUCCUAACAUGGAGGGCGUAACCCAAGACGAUCCCACUGUUGAUGAGCAAACCCAAUGCACGGACAAACGUCCCAUGGAAGAGCCUACUACCAAGGUGAAGAAGGUUGCCAAGAAGAAUGAUAGGGCUAGUGAGAUGACCAUGGCUCUUCAAGAGUACACUGCCUUGGCAAGGGAAAGGGUGAGUUCAGCUGCUAACAUUAUUGCAAUUCUCUUGGGUAUAGGUAUAAUGGUCUCCCCCAGUGAUCCUUUCUGGCAAUAUGAUUUUGAUGAUGCUUAUUUUAACUCCGACAAUGAUGACAUGGACAGUGGUGGUUGUGGUGAUGACAUGGACACUAGUUUGAGUGAUGAUGACAUGGAUAUAAGUGAUUGUGACGAUGACAUGACCACUAGUGCAGACACGGACUCGAAGUAUGACAGCGAGGAGGAGGAGUUUUGA